AUGAUUCGCAAACAAGCACGUCAGAGGAGAGACUACCUCUACCGCCGAGCGGUUCUCUUGCGCGAUGCCGAAGUUGCUGAAAAGCGGGCGCAACUGAGAGCGGCUCUUGCUUCAGGGAAGCCGUUGGCCCCAGAGAUUGCGAACGACAAGCAGUUACGGCAGGACUACGACUAUGAUGCAUCUCGCGACGUUGCCGGUGACGACUCACUCGACAUUGACGACGAAUACUCUGAGCUGUCGGGUGUCGUAGACCCGAGAGUGCUGGUGACAACUUCACGAGACCCAAGCUCUAGGUUAAUGUCUUUCUCCAAAGAGAUACGGCUACUCUUUCCGACCGGGAUCCGACUGAAUCGCGGAAACCUCGUCCUCCCAGAACUGGUGCGGUCCGCACAGAGCGAACGCCUCAGCGAUGUUAUUCUCCUCCACGAGCACCGUGGCACACCAACAGCAAUCACUAUCAGCCACUUUCCCCAUGGGCCGACCUUGAUGGCGUCACUCCAUAACGUGGUGCUGCGAGCGGAUAUCCCGCGGUCAAUAAAAGGGACGGUCAGCGAGAGCUACCCCCACUUGAUUUUUGAAAACUUCCAGACCCCACUCGGCCGCCGGAUAGUCAAAGUUUUGAAGCACCUCUUCCCUCCGCGAGACGCGACCGCCAGCAAGACGGCCGGCAACAGGGUCAUCACCUUCAUGAAUCAGGACGACUGCAUCGAAGUACGCCAUCAUGUGUACGUGAGGACAAGUUACGACUCUGUCGAGCUGAGCGAAGUUGGCCCGCGAUUCACGAUGAGGCCGUUCUCCAUCACCAUGGGCACCUUAGAAAACAAGGAUGCGGACGUGGAGUGGCACCUCAGCCAAUACACCCGUACAAGCAGGAAGAAGAAUUACUUCUGA